AGCAUCAAGUAGUUGCAGAGGCAGUGCCGUUCAUCUAUCAUAAACCCAAGUUAGAAACAGUAAAAUGCCUUUAACUGCUACUAUGGCAUAUGUCCUCCUGAUACUGUCUAUACUGAACAUUAUUGUCGAUGUUAAUACAAUUAUAACCAAUACACGUUUCAAAACUAAAACUUCUACCGUACCGUCGGAAGAAAGUACAACUGAAUAUAUUUACUCUUGGUCUCGGACAAUAAUAAUAACGGAUACCACAAAAGCCGAAAAUAAUUCCCGCCUCGAUAUAUCCAACGACGAAGAAGUGACGCACAGUCCAUCAGAUUUCGAUGGUUUGACAUUUAUUCCUUCUUGGUAUACGCUUCCGGUCAAAAAUUACGUAUCUAAUAUGUCUACCACACUAUCGGAAGAAAAAAGCACUUAUGUAAACCCUUCGACGAUAAUGUUGACUACAACUGAUUCCGUUGAUAUCGAAAACGGUCCUUAUAAUAUGUCCAACAAGGAAGAAGUGACGCACAGUCCAUCAGACUUUGAUGGUUUGACAUUUAUUCCAUCUUGGUUUACGCUUCCGGUCAAAAAUGAAAUUAGCAAUACAUCUAGCACACCGUUAGAAAAGAAUAGCACUGAUAUUGAUUAUUCAACAAAAACAAUAUCGAAAUCAGAUUCGGUUGAAGUUGGUUACAAUGCUACUCUCAUUGCGCCCAAAAACAUAGAAGUGGUGCAUAAUUUAUCAGCCGUCAGUGAUUCGAAUAUUAAUUCUCCUCUGUACACACAUAUUGUCAAAACACACAUAAACAACACUUUUGAUAAAUCAUUAACAAAAAGCAAUGUUCGUGUAUAUCCUUCUGAGGUUAUUUUGACGACCACAACCGAUUCUACUGAUACCGAAAAACUUCCUUAUAAUAUUUCAAACUAUAAAGAUGUAUGCGGGAGGCAACUUAUGCCAAUGGCUAGAAUAGUUGGAGGCGAUAAAGUUUCUUUUGGUGAGUGGCCGUGGCAGAUUUCAUUAAGACAUAAAAAACAGUUUAUACACAAAUGCGGAGCGGUAUUAUUCAAUGAAAACUGGGCUAUAACUACUGCUCAUUGUGUUAAAAACGUUCCAGUGACUGAUUUACACCUUGUACUUGGCAAAUACGAUUUUUCAGUAAAAGAUGAACCUUACAUAUCUAGGACAUUGCAGACAGUAAUUAUACAUCCAAAGUUUAAACCAAAUAAAAUGAAUUACGACUUGGCACUGUUACAAUUUGACAAACCUGUCAAAUUUCAACCGAACAUUUUACCAGUUUGCAUUCCAGAAGACGACUUAAAUUUUGUAGGAUUUUCUGCUCAUGUCACUGGUUGGGGAUCUUUGUACUAUGGCGGACAUUAUCCUACCAUUUUACAAGAAGUAACAGUUCCAGUGCUCAGUAAUUCCGUUUGUGAAACUAUGUUCCGUACGGCUGGAUACAUAAAGAAAAUACCGGACACAUUUAUUUGUGCGGGUACGAAAAAUGGAGGUUUCGACGCGUGCAAAGGCGACUCGGGUGGGCCCAUGGUUGUACAGAGACCCGACAAACGCUGGGUAGUAGCGGGUAUCAUAUCGUGGGGCAUGCGAUGUGCCGAGCCAAAUAGUCCUGGAGUGUACAUGAGAGUCUCAAAGUUCAAAGACUGGAUCAAUCAAAUAAUAUUACAAUCUUAAUAGACAAGUCGAACCCAACACGUUCGACGUUCAUAAAAUUUAGUAGAUCUGUUAUCAGUUGAACAACAGCUUUUACCAUUUUUAUUUUUAAGUUCUACCUAACACAUUGUUUUUCAUUUUAUAUCCAACAAUUAUAUAAAUAUUAUUUAUAACAUAUAUGUAGUAGUCAGUAGAAGAUUUAGGAUAUGUAAAAGUGGUCUUAAUUACUUAAGUUAGGUACCUAUCUACUUUUAAAAUAGGAUUUUUAAAUUAACAUAAUUUAUACUUGUAUUGAAUUUCUAACAAAUAUAAAUAUAAAUAUAAAUUUCAAAUUUAAAUAUAUCUAUAAAUUUAACCACGUUUCAAAAUUACUUAAAAUU